AUGGCAGGAGGUGCAAGGAGGAACACGGGGAUGGGAAAUAGAUUAGGGUUAUAUGUGAGGCUGUUGGCGGUGAAUGUGUUACUGGGAGCUGAUCUGAGCUGGCUGGGCCUGAAAGACCAGGGUGGGGUCAAUGCUCAGAACACUGAGCGAAGGGUUUUGACCCACAUCCCUGGUGACAUCAUCAUAGGAGCUCUGUUCUCUGUCCACCACCAACCACCUGCAGACAAGGUCCAUGAGAGAAAGUGUGGUGCGGUGCGUGAGCAGUACGGGAUCCAGAGAGUGGAGGCCAUGAUGCACACUCUGGAUCGAAUCAACGCAGACCCCUCUAUUCUCCCAAAUAUCACCCUGGGCUGCGAGAUCAGGGACUCGUGCUGGCACUCUGCAGUGGCCCUGGAGCAGAGCAUCGAGUUCAUUCGGGACACACUAGUGUCCAACGAAGAGGAGGAGAGCCAGGGUAGGUGUACUGCUGAGGCAGGGAGCAUGUUGCUGCAGGCGAAGAAGCCCAUUGUGGGACUGAUUGGUCCAGGAUCCAGCUCUGUGGCCAUCCAGGUGCAAAAUCUCCUCCAGCUCUUCAACAUCCCACAGAUAGCUUACUCAGCCACCAGCAUGGAUCUCAGUGACAAGAGCCUGUUUAAAUAUUUCAUGAGGGUGGUGCCAUCAGAUAUGCAACAGGCCAAAGCCAUGGUGGACAUUGUCAAGAAAUACAACUGGAGCUACGUGUCUGCAAUACACACAGAGGGUAAUUAUGGUGAGAGUGGUAUGGAAGCAUUCAAAGACAUGGCAGCAAAGGAGGGGAUCUGUAUUGCCCACUCUGAUAAGAUAUACAGCAACGCUGGGGAACAGAGCUUUGAUAAGCUACUGCAGAAGCUACGAGCCCACUUGCCCAAAGCCAGGGUUGUGGCCUGUUUUUGUGAGGGCAUGACGAUCCGAGGCAUAUUGAUGGCCAUGAGACGGCAGCGUCUGGUGGGAGAGUUUCUGCUGGUUGGAAGUGAUGGCUGGGCCGACAGGUCCGAUGUGACAGCUGGCUACCAGAGGGAGGCAGCUGGUGGAAUCACGAUAAAGUUAAAGUCGGCAUAUGUGACCUGGUUUGAUGAUUAUUACCUGAACCUGACGCCUGACGCCAACCUGAGAAACCCCUGGUUCCCCGAGUUCUGGCAACAUCGCUUCCAGUGCAGGUUGAGGGGGCAUCCGCUGGAGAGCAGCAUGUACAACCGCACCUGCACCUGGAGAGAGUCUUUGCGCCAUCAGUAUGUCCAAGACACCAAGAUGGGCUUCGUCAUAAAUGCCAUCUAUUCAAUGGCUUACGGCCUGCACGCCAUGCAGCAAUCGCUCUGUCCAGGAUAUAAGGGUUUGUGUGAGACCAUGAGGCCCAUUGAUGGUCGCAAGCUGCUGGAUUUCCUGAUGAGAACCAAUUUUACUGGUGUGUCUGGAGAGACCAUCCACUUUGACCAAAAUGGAGACUCACCUGGCAGGUAUGAAAUCAUGAACUUCAAGCGCACAGGCGAGGAUGAGUAUUCUUACAUCCAUGUGGGAAGCUGGGAUCAGGGUGGCCUAAAGAUGAACGAUGAGGAAAUCUGGAGCAAUAACAGUGAAAUCAUCCAGUCAGUCUGCUCUGAGCCCUGCCAGAAGGCACAAAUCAAGGUAAUCCGUAAAGGGGAGGUGAGCUGCUGUUGGACUUGCACUCCCUGCAAGGAGAACGAGUUUGUGUUUGAUGAGUACACUUGUCGGGCUUGUGUCCUUGGCUUCUGGCCCACUGAUGACCUCACUGGUUGUGAACCAAUCCCUGUGCAGUAUGUGCGUUGGGGGGAUCCAGAGCCCAUUGCUGCAGUGGUCUUCUCCUGCCUGGGCCUUAUGUUUACACUUUUUGUUACUUCUGUCUUCAUCAAAUUUUGGGACACUCCAGUGGUCAAGUCAUCCAGUCGUGAGCUCUGCUACAUCAUCCUGGUUGGAAUAUGUCUGGGCUAUCUGUGCACCUUCAGCCUUAUCGCCAAGCCCCACAUAGUCUACUGCUACCUCCAGCGGCUGGGAAUCGGCCUGUCCCCUGCCAUGAGCUACUCUGCCCUGGUCACAAAGACCAACCGUAUAGCAAGGAUCUUGGCAGGCAGCAAGAAGAAGAUCUGCACCAAGAAACCGCGCUUUAUGUCCGCCUGCGCACAAUUGGUCAUCUCCUUCCUACUCAUACUGCUGCAGCUUGGGAUUAUUGUGGCACUUCUCAUCAUAGAGCCACCACAGGUGAUCUAUGACUACCCCAGUAUCCGCGAGGUGCACUUGAUCUGUAAUCUGACCACUAUGGGGGUGGUGGCGCCGCUGGGCUAUAAUGGCCUGCUUAUCCUUAGCUGCACCUUCUAUGCCUUCAAGACUCGAAAUGUUCCGGCUAAUUUUAAUGAGGCCAAGUAUAUUGCCUUUACUAUGUACACCACUUGCAUCAUCUGGCUGGCCUUUGUUCCUAUUUACUUUGGCUCCAACUACAAGAUCAUAACCAUGUGCUUUAGUGUCAGCCUCAGUGCCACAGUGGCUCUCUGUUGCAUGUUUGUCCCAAAGGUGUACAUCAUGCUUGCCAAGCCUGAGAAAAAUGUCCGGAGUGCUUUCACAACAUCCACAGUGGUGCGAAUGCAUGUAGGUGAUGCCAAGAAGGCGGCCAAGACUGGCAAAUCCUCUAACAGCAUGGCCAACUUGUUUCGACGCCGUGGUUCUGUGCAGGACAACAUCAGUUCCAAUGGGAAGUCAGUGACAUGGGCGCAGAAUGAGCACAGCUACAGACCAAACAUAUGGAAGAGGAUGUCAUUCCAUGUCAAGAAAAAGGAGGUAGUCGAGACGAACCAGACAGCCAUCAUCAAGCCUUUCUCUAAAGGAGGAGAUACACCUGCGGAUACAUGUGUCAAAGAGCAGUUUGAAGAGCAACAGGUGUCUCCCCCCUUCAGCUGCUCCCCCUCUCCGUCAACAAGGGGUUUCCAGGGAGGAGAGGAUGGAGACGAUGGACAAGCCUUACCCACUUUCGUAACUGAGCACCCAGCAGGUGUGAGAAGAAGAGGCGGGGACAACAGCGAGGGUGUCGGUCUGGUGGACGGUGGGGACAUUAGUGUCAUAGGCGUUGGUGACAUCGGCAUAGGGAUGAUUGGUGGCCAGGCUCAGGGUACCACCAUCAUGGACCAAAUCAGCUGCGUGGUUAACCGUUUCACUGCCAACAUCAGCGAGCUGAACACCAUGAUGCUGCCAGGGGGAGUCGCCACCAGCCCCUCAUCCCCCGCCGCUCUGCCUGCAGAUGCAGAUGCCCCACCCUGCCCACCUCAGUACCUCACAUCCAGGAGCAGACAGGCCGCCUCCACCGUCACCACAUAUGCCGAGGUGGCUGUCGUCUCCAAUCUCUGCGAGAAUCGACCAGCAGGUAAGAUUUAUGAGCACCUGGCCGGGACUUGCGUGAAUAGCAGGCGAGCCAAAGAUAUGGAGGAGCUAGUCGCUCUGACGCCUCCCUCCCCGUUUAGAGACUCAUCUCUGAGCUCCAGCGACAGCUCACCCCCCUCGAUGUCUCCAGCCUCAGAGGCUGAGUAUGACCAGCUGCUGCUGAGACACUACAGCCAGAGCUCCUCCUCUCUCUAAACCUGCUCUCGCUACAAGUUUUUCUCCUUGAUUAUCCUCUACAUGGAGUAUUUAUUUUAUAAGAAACUGCUUCAGACCGGACCAGACACUUGGAUGCCUUUCUAUAUGUGGAUUUUCUGAAUAUUUAAGCAGUUUUUUAAAUAUAUCUUCAUUUUCUGAUUGGAUUGAUUUCACUCACACAUUAGAGAAAUACCAAUGGCAAGACUGCGAAUUCUAAAUGCUGAAAUUAAGCUGAGCAGUGUCAGUGCUUCAUCGUUUGUCUGCAAGUGAGUAAAAAACUUAACAAACUGAAACACACUUAUGGGCAUUUUACAGACAUUUAGAUGGUAAGCUUGACACAGGUAUCUAACUUUUCAAAUCCCAAAGAAAAUACUGAUAAGCUGAGAAAACAUAUGUAAAAUUGCCUUUUUGCAUUUAAUAUUUCAUUAUAUAAUGGUUAUCAAUCUUAAGUGGGGAAAUUUACCAAAUGUUCAUGUUCAGUGUUUCUUUGUAUUAGGCCAAAAUGGCUCAUACACUGACUCUCGAAAUGGCGUUUGAAUUGUUUAGGUAAGUGCAGGUAUUGUAACACUCAAUAUAGUUGUAUUUAAGUUGUAUAUUUUGCAUCUCAAAUCACCAUAAAUCAAUUUGUUUAAAUUGCUUACUGUAUAUAAUUGCUGUUGACUAAUCUUAUAUAUUUUGAGACCUGGGAGGAUGCAGAUUGUAUCAGCAUGAAGGCAUCUGUCCAGAGGAAAAUAGUUUAAAUAGCUUCGUCUGAAAUCAUAAAGUCAAGUGUGACACAUUUUUCCUGCCCUAUAAUUUGUUGUCUGUCCUGGAAGACAUAAGCGAGCAUUUGUAUCCUGGUGCUAGAGGACAAAGUGUACAGAUGCUGCAUUAUUGUAUGAAAUUUAGAAGGUUUUCAACAACCAUUCCUUUUCUUGGAAAGAAAAUAUGUACUGAGAAUGAAAUCAUCCUGAGAACAAAAGACACGACAUCAUCAGGUUUCUUACCCACAAAGAGAUUAUGGUCUACCUGGAUAUUUUCUUUGAUUCUUUCUUUGUGAUUUGCCUGAAUGUACAAUAAGUUGUAAUUUGAAGUGGACCAAAUUGAUCUACCACCUCAGGAUGUGUUUGAACCAAAAUACUCUGAUUUAACUCCUACCUGCUGAAUGACCGCUGUCAUCUGUUGGCUCAAAAUGUUUCCAGUUUGCAUGAUGUCAAGAUUUGGUUGCACUAUUUAAGUUAUAUUUGUUACUUUUUGAUAUUGUUAAUGUGAAACAAAUAAGAUGAAUAGCUACAGUAGCAAAAUAAUGAUACUAUCAGUGUGUGUGUGUGUGUGUGUGUGUGUGUAUAUUGAUGUGUUUUUAAGAUUAGUUUUUCAAGUGUGCCAGAUUUUUCUGACAUCUGUUGCCAAACAGUUGUUUCUCGCCUGGCUUUUUACCUACAUAUGUGCCAAUAUCUCCUUACGCAAAUUACAUUGUGUUUCUAUAGAUGGGCUCAUGUUGCAGGCAUUAUAAGGAGGAGAUUAUUUUUUAUAAUAUAUAUGACAUUUUGACUAUGUUAUUUAUUAUGCUUGAACAUAUUCAAUGAAUAUCCUUUUUUUGUAUCUGCAUUUUGGACUCGCUGAGGAUGUAGAUGAAUGACAGUAUGGAUUGAAAGACUAGCAGAUGUAACUGAUGAUGUUCGAGCAGAGCUAGCUUAUGCUUGUUUAACUGUCCUUCAUCUGUCCUUUUUCUGUAUGUUUACACAGGCAGGAUUGUAUUCAGGUUUUUUUUUUAAAUGUGCAGUGUUUUUCUACUGGCUGUUGAUGUAAAAAUCACCAUGGACAAUUGCCAUAUUUGCAUGCAGGUUUGUGCCAAUUUUCCAGGUGUAUACUAAGCUUUUUGCCAAUAAUUCACUGAUAUAAUCUACAGUAGACAUUUGUUGUUCCUUUAUCUUCAUCUUCCUUUCAAAUUUACAAUUUAAACUUGUGCUGCAUUAAAGAUUUCCAUCA